ACACAUGUGACUAUAUAGGGCUUCGUUACUGCUCAGGGACCUGGUCAUUGAAUAUUCAUUGAAAAGCAACGGGAGUUCUCGGUUUACGACAGAGUGCGUCUGUGCGCGUGGUGGGAACGGUAGCAAGAUGGCGGCGCUGAAGGAGGAGCAGUGCUACGGACUGUCCUGUGGAAGAGUGAGCAACGGUAGCAAUGUAUCCGUCUUUCACGUUAAACUCACUGACAGCGCACUGCGAGCGUUUGAAGGCUAUCAGAGCAGCAAGGUCCUGUCAUCACGGCCAUUGAUCAGAUUUAAUGGAAACCAAGGGAAAAUUUCAAUACCACGGUCAGAAAAUUCCAGUGAACUGCAAACGUUUACUUUCUAUCUGUCAAAUGUGGGCAGAGAUAACCCCCAGGGCAGCUUCGACUGCAUCCAGCAGUACAUCACCAGUGAAGGGAGCAUUCAGCUGGAUUGUUUGGGUGGGAUCCAGGACAAGAUUACAGUAUGUGCCACAGAUGACUCCUACCAGAAGGCCAGGGAAAAUAUGGCCCAGGUCGAGGAGGAGACUCGCAGUAGGAGUGCUAUCGUCAUCAAGCCUGGGGGAAGAUAUGUAGGUAAGAAGGUUCAGAUCCGGAAACCGGCGCCUGGCCUCUCAGACGUCGCCCCGUUGCGGAGGACAUCUCGGCCUGUCAUCAUCUCUAGCAGUACGCUAAAGAAGGGCACAGCUCAGCACAGGCCGCUCCGGGAGCGCCUCACACACCUGCUGGCCCUCAAGCCUUACAAGAAGCCUGAGCUGAUCCUGAGGUUGCAGAAAGAUGGCCUCUUGCCAUUAGACAAGGACUCCCUGGAUAGCCACCUGCAACAGGUGGCGAACUUGAAUGGGAAAGACAACACCUUCACAUUGAAGGACUUUUUGUAUAAGGAGAUUCAGAAGGACUGGCCAGGCUACACAGAAGGAGACCAGCAGCUUCUUAAGAGAAUCCUGUUUAAAAAACAGAGCCAGGCCCAGAACAGCUCUGCCCCUCCACUGGAGAGCCCGCCCAAAGAGCUGGCCAGCAGCUCGCCAUCUCAGAAACGGCCCCCUGCGGACUUCAUCGACCCUCUUGCCAACAAAAAGCCCAGGAUAUCGCAUCUCGCCAGCAAAGCUGCAACAGCUCCAGUUAAUGGCAAGCUCAGCUCCUCCAACGGGAGAGGGGAGGCAGGUGGAGUGCAGGCAGGUGAAGCACAGGCAGGAGUGGCGGUUUCUAUGUCAGACGGCGGCUUGACGUCCAGCUCCCAGCAGCUCCCCGUGCUGGACAUCCCUCGUCCUUUCGAAGCACUGUCAGAUGUCAGCAAUGACUCCAGCAACAACGGGAGAGAUUGUGACUCUCAGGAAACCGCAGUGUCCGAGAGGCUCAGCCAACCUCCUUCGUUGUUCACGGGCUCAACAAUGCUCACCGCGCCCAGCAUCGGCACAUCAUCUCCAGGACACACAGGCGCCGAUGGCCCUCGGGACAAGAGCCCUUCAUCCUUCAACAACAAGUCCAGGAAGAAGUCCAAAAAGCAUAAAGACAAGGAGAAGAGCAAAGACAAGGAGAGGGUGAGAGAAAGGGCGCAGGAGAAGGAGAGGAAGAGUCGUGGGGAGCGUGUGCCUGAGCCUAACCGAGCCUGUGGGAUGAGCCCAGGAAACCUCACAAGCAACAGUAUUCCACACAAAAGCACAGAUCUAAAUGGAAUGUGCAACAGUACCAGUAUUUCUACGUCAUCACCUGAGGUGGCAGACUAUUUAUUGAAGUACACGGUGAUCAGCUCUCCGGAGCAACGUCAGAGGUAUAAAAACGAUUUCAACGCAGAGUACAGUGAGUACCGGGGUCUGCAUGCUCGGAUAGAGGGCAUCACCCGGCAGUUCACUGUGCUUGACAAUGAGCUCAAACAGCUCCAUCAAGGCACAGACAAGUACAAGACAAUCCACAAUCAGAUACUUCAAGAGUAUCAUAAAAUAAAAAAGACUAAUCCAAACUAUAGCCAAGAGAAGAACCGCUGUGAAUAUCUACACAACAAACUGGCAUAUAUAAAGAGACUUAUUGCCGAGUACGAUCAACAGCAACUUUAAAAGUAGUUAGUAGACAUUGUUUCCCUGUUGUCUCUGGAAACCAAGCAGAUAAAGGAAAACUCUGGAUUCCGCCUGUGCUAAAAAAAAAAAUAAAAAAAUAUGUUCUCAUGGAAGACGCCAUGAAAGGAGUAUUCCACUCAUUGGGGCCAAAGGCUCUAAUGAGGACUAAGCAGGACACUCAAUCUUUUUCCUUAUUUUUUUUCUUAUUUUUUAUUUUUAUUUUUAUUUUUUUUUUUCAUUUAUUUUUUGGAAGAUGGGGUUGUGCCUAGAGUGGCCAGGCCCGUCUGUGUAGUUACAAUGCAUUAAGAAAUAUAGGUUCUGUGUGGCUUUGUUUUUCUCAACAGCCCACCCUGCUUAUAGUGCACAGAGGUCUGAAAGAGUCAAACAUGGGAACUUUCCUACUUUCUUGGGGACACUGAGAUGGAAACUGCAGAUUGUAUGCCAAAUGCAACUCAUAUGUUUUUGAGUAAAGAAAUGAUGCAUCAGUUUUCCCCACGUGCUGAAUCGAAUGGUUAUGACGUUGGAAGUUAUUUCUCCGUUUUUCUUUAUUUAUUUUUGACACUUAAAUUGGAGGAAUGAGUCUGUUUUACACUCCUCAAUAUCAGUACUUAAAAAGCUGUCUCUCUUUUCUGUCCUCACAUCUUGAAUGUCAGCCAGUAUUUUAUUCAGAAGCUGCCUUGCCCAUCUUAUUGUCAGUCUGUUGGCAUUAAUUAUAUUUUUCUCCUUUUUAAAGAGGUGCAGAUAUCACUAUUGAUUAAAUCAAGCGGAGGCAUCUAAAUGCACACAGUCGGACGCAGGUUUGUGCAUAUGUUUUGAAAGUUUCCAGUCACUCUUGAGCUGUAGGUUUUUUUUGAACACAGUCCUCACUCAGCCGUGACGAACUGCUGUGCACGUUCAUCGGUUACAGCAGUGGUCCUUAGUUAUGGUUCAUCAUAAUGUAUCAGUCAAAAACUAUAUUUAGCUCCUUAAUUGGUUGUCUCUCCAGUUUAGGUCAUGAUGGCUUUUGUAGCAAUAGAAUUAUUCAAAGUUAUCUGAAGAGUUGAUUGCCAGCUCUGCCCUUCAUCACGCUUCAGAAGAUCCUGUAAUUGUAAGGUGAUGCAGACGAGGGGGGGGGCUCUGCAGGCUUUUUCUUUUCAUCUUUAAAACACGAUCAACAGAUCUGAUAUCUCCUAAGUUACCAUCGUUGUCCCCUUUUUAAUUAUGUUAAAAUAGUGUUUACAGUGUCUUUAAAAAGACCACAUUUUUAGUUUUUGUCUGCUCACUGACCCACGUGAUAGUCCAUCGAGACGACUGUUAAGAUGAAGCCAUCCUUGAUCAUCUCCCAGGCGGAGGCCUCUCGGAGGAGGAAGGCGCUCACCUGCGACCAGUUUUUGCCUUUUCAAAUGUGAUGUCAGAUAUUCACGGAGGUUGACCUGAGAUCUAUAUCCCGGAUCAGCUCUCCACUCGUGAGAAGCGUCAAGACGCAUCCGAAGACGAAUUAGAACUGCUGUAUCGGAACUUAACCUGAUGAACAAAGCGAGUUGAGUUUAGUCAGCGAAUGCGUUUCUUAUAUCGAUCUUUUUAUGUGAAUAUGAAAAAUCAGCACUUUUUCUCCUGAUCUUGCUGUUACUGGGGGUGAGGGUUUGUCCAAAUGACUCUUUGUCCAUCAGAGUGCAUGCUUUAUGAAUGUGUUACAAUGGACAGUCUUUGUAUCUUUACUUGAAGGAAAAAAAAAAAAAAAACUGCCCAAGGAUAUCGAAAGCCAAGCAAAGGCCUAGUCCAACCGAAUUUAGUAUCUUAUCAAUUCGACGUGGCUCUGACCAGCAUGUAUACCAAAGUGCUUACCAAGUGGGAUGAAACUUAAACGCUCUACCAAAUGUUGGCAAAGGAAUAUGUCGCAGUAUUCUCUUACUUCCUGUUAUAAUUUCAUUCGUCAUAAUUUAUCACCGAGGAAACUUAUUUAGUGUUUUCUUGGGAGAAGUCAGAGGAGGCUCCUUUGCUCCAGAUGGGAUUUGCAUGACUGGGCUUAAGUUUUUAAAUGUAAUGCCAGGUUUCAGAUUAUAUCACUCUCCUAAUGCAAACACUACAUUAAGGCCAAUGCUCCCACCUCAUCACACCGAUCCUGCUGGGUCUAGGCUGAGGCUGGAUUCGGGACUUGAUGUCUGCAGGGACGUAAAGUGUAAUGGUGAUUGUCAUGUUACCAGAAUCCGCAUCGCCCAGUACUGCAACCUUUUUAACAAGAAGACACUUUUCAACUCUCUUACUGUAUCUUGUUUUCGCGAAACAUUCUGACAUGAUUACUGUAUUACACCUCUAUUACGGUCAAACUCCAUUGUGAAUGAGUUCAUCAGUGAACACAUUUUGCUUCGGCGGAGAGCAAACUGUUUGAAAGUAUCGAUAUGCCAGCACAGGAGUGCCGUUGUUAUGAGUUGAUUGUGCCAAAAUGACCUGUUGUAUAGGUUUUUCUUUUCUUUUCUCUGAGUAUAUACAUGCUGCUGUAUAAGCAAGGAGGAAUUUUGGCGAUAAAACCCAAAGCACGCUUUUUGAAAACCAUAAGGGACUGGGACUGAAAUUGAUCUUUGUUUCAAUAAAAUUCUUUAAAAUCCUUAUUUGUGAAAUUCUGAAA